AUGGCCACAUGGAACAGGCUGGCCGAGCCAGCUGCAGAGGGGCAGCCGCCUCUGCCCACGGGCCGGGAGCUGACUGAGGCCAACCGCUUUGCCUAUGCCGCCCUCUGUGGCAUCUCCCUGUCCCAGCUAUUUCCAGAACCUGAGCAAAGCUCCUUCUGCAUGGAGUUUGUGGGGGGCCUGGUGAAGUGGCUGGAGUUGUCCGAAGCUGUCUUGCCAACCAUGACUGCUUUUGCCAGCGGCCUGGGGGGCGAGGGAACAGACGUGUUUGCUCAGAUUUUAUUGAAGGACCCCAUCUUGAAGGGCGACCCAUCCAUGAUCACGCAGGAUCUUCUGAGCUUCUCACUCAAGGAUGGGCGCUAUGAUGCCCGGGCCAGAGUCCUCGUUUGCCACAUAACCUCCCUGCUCCAAAUGCCAUUGGAAGAACUGGAUUUCCUUGAAGAGACGUUUCUUGAAAGCCUGAAGGAAACCAAAGAAGAGGAAUCUGAAAUGGCCGAGGCAUCCCGGAAGAAGAAAGAAAAUCGGAGGAAGUGGAAGCGUUAUCUCCUGAUAGGCCUGGCGACUGUCGGAGGCGGGACAGUGAUCGGUGUUACCGGGGGUCUAGCUGCCCCCCUUGUUGCUGCUGGAGCCGCAACAAUCAUUGGCAGUGCCGGGGCAGCGGCUCUGGGCUCGGUGGCCGGCAUAGCUGUCAUGACCUCGCUCUUCGGUGCAGCUGGAGCUGGCUUGACAGGAUACAAGAUGAAGAAGCGUGUUGGGGCCAUUGAAGAGUUCACGUUCCUGCCUCUGACGGAGGGCAGGCAGCUGCACAUCACCAUCGCUGUCACCGGGUGGCUCUCAUCUGGCCAAUACCGCACCUUCAGUGCCCCAUGGGCUGCCCUGUCCCGUAGCCGUGAACAAUAUUGCCUGGCCUGGGAGGCCAAGUACCUGAUGGAGCUUGGCAACGCCCUGGAGACCAUCCUCAGUGGUCUUGCCAACAUGGUGGCCCAGGAGGCCCUGAAGUACACAGUGUUAUCUGGCAUUGUGGCUGCCCUGACCUGGCCAGCCUCACUCCUCGCUGUCGCCAACGUCAUUGACAACCCCUGGGGAGUGUGUCUCCAUCGAUCUGCAGAGGUUGGCAAGCACCUGGCCCACAUCCUGCUCUCCCGGCAGCAGGGCCAGCGACCUGUCACCUUGAUUGGCUUCAGCCUGGGGGCCAGAGUCAUCUACUUCUGUCUGCAAGAGAUGGCUCAAGAGAAAGAUUGCCAAGGGAUCAUUGAAGAUGUCGUCCUGCUGGGUGCACCCGUCGAGGGAGAAGCCAAGCACUGGGAGCCUCUCCGGAAGGUCGUGUCUGGGAGGAUUAUCAAUGGCUAUUGCAGGGGAGACUGGCUGCUGAGCUUCGUGUACCGCACGUCCUCGGUGCAGCUCCGCGUGGCCGGCCUGCAGCCUGUGCUGCUGCAGGACAGGAGGGUGGAGAACGUGGACCUGUCCUCGGUGGUCAGCGGCCACCUGGACUACGCCAAGCAGAUGGACGUCAUCCUGAAGGCCAUGGGCAUCCGCACCAAGCCAGGCUGGGACAAGAAGGGGCUCUUGCUGGCCCCAGGCAGCCUGCCCCAAGAGGCGCCUCCCCAGGCAGCAGCCACCGCCACCUCAUCGGGCAAGACCACCCACCAGGAUGAUGGGCAGACCCAGAGUCCUGCACCUGGAGACACCCCCAAAGUGACCAUGUCCACUGACUCCAGCCAAGCGCAGGUGCUAACGGGGCUGGACCAGUCUGAAGGGGCCUCCCUUCCUGCUGCUGUCAGCCCUGCUGAGAGCCCCCAGAUCUGCAGCCAUGGCAUGGGCCCCAACCCACUGGGCUGCCCCGACUGUGCGCAUGAGGCCCAGGGGCCCUGCGCAGGGCUGGACUGACCCCAGCAGAGGACCUGAGCUGUCUUCCCAGAUUUCAAUAUGCAGCUGUCUCUUACACCCCUUCAGCUUCCUCACAUGAGCUCUGAAGAUGUGGGAUCUAUCUCCACAAGGGUCUUUCCUAAAUGGAAGGAAAUGGAAUUGAAAGGAAUUGGAAGGAAAGGGUAUUUGGGGGAGAAAACAUUCCUUCCCUGGGGAAGCAAGCCAGAGACCUGCAAUGUCAACCAAGCACAGUUCAGAGCCCUGGGACUCUAAACCAGCCAUGGGCUUUCUGCACUUCAGUUCACAGCUGAGGGGACUUGCCACUCAUCAAGAGGUCCAGAUGGCUCUCCAGGGCCUGAGGCUCCCACACCACCUCUCCCUGGGCCUCAGUAAAGCCAGGUUUCUGCCUUCUCUUCCAACCACACUUGAGGCUACCUGCCCACAGGCACCACCAACUGGCACCUACAAAGCAGGUACAGCUGUGGGGGGAGAGCUUACUCUCCUUGCUGUUAGGAGAUCCAAUCAGAUCUGCCGCACACAUUUGUGCAGGCUGUGCACUGCACAAGUACGGGGCAUCAGUCACACAGACAGGAUGUGAGUGGCACCCCCCAAAGUUGUGCAACACGGUGGCCCUGGAUAUCAUUGUAACAGAGCAUGGUGAAUAAAUGCUUAAUAAGCAUUCA